CUGGGCGUGUCGUGCAUGCACGCGUGUUUGUUUUGACGAAGGUAUUCCGCUGGAAGACAAGUUACGUCUUUUCAUUGUCGUGUGAUCUCAUUUGGCAUCGUGUUUCACGUGUAUGUUCCUGUCAACUUAUAUACGCGUAGAAGUUUCCAGACAAUGUCUGCCUUAGACGAAGCUACCAUGCAGACUGUGAAAGAAGAAAUGCUUCCAUUCCUGUCCACAUCUGCUCGACCGGAUGUAAAACACCAGGCUCUCAGCUUUAUCGUUGGUCUAACUGGGAAGAAAGAGGGCAUCCAGUUUGUGAAAGAUAAUCCAGCAUUCCUCGAAGCAAUUGUGUCCCUGACCUCUGAUCAUAUGCAAGAUAUUGUUAAAGAUGCAUUCCGAUGUUUGCUCAAUUUGGCAACCGAUGAAGAUAUUUCAUGGCUUUUGUUAAAUCUGGAAAAAUUUCCAAGUAUAAGUCUAGACUUGAUGAAAUAUGUGUUGAAUAAAGAAAGUGAUUUUGCUGAUCUUGUUGGCAGCAUGUUAGCCAAUAUAACCCGGACACAGAGAUGUGCACUGAAACUUGCAGCUGUUGUGGAAGAGCAUCGUGAUGAUGUUGGUGUUGAGAAGAUGGUUGAUGCACUGUGUAACAUGGACUUCAACCAGUCUGCGAGUCUGGACUGUCUAGGUCUGCUCUUGUCCAAUCUGACUCAGAUUUCGUCCAUCAGGCAGGAGCUGAUGGACAAGAACCGCUGCAUUUUACAGAGGCUGCUACCAUUCACUCAAUAUAAACGGUCCCAUCUUCGGAGAGGAGGGGUUGUUGGAACUCUGAAAAAUUGCUGCUUCGAGAUAGACUGCCAUGAUUGGUUAAUGGGAGACCAGGUGGACAUCUUGCCUCGGCUGCUGCUGCCGCUGGCUGGACCAGAAGAGUUCGACGAUGAUGACAUGGAACGUCUCCCGGAUGACCUCCAGUACCUUCCUCCAGACAAGGAGAGAGAAAAGGAUCCAGACAUUCGGAAGAUGUUGGUGGAAGCAGUCACACAGCUUUGUUCAAUGAAGAAAUGGCGUCUCUACAUCAAGGAGAAGAACACGUACGUCAUUAUGAGGGAGCUACACAAGUGGGAGACGGAUCGGCUCAACCAUGUCGCCAUCAUGAGUCUCAUCGACAUUCUCAUCGGCGACGAGCCAAGGAAGGUGGAGGACUUGCACACAGUGGACAUUGACAAGGAUCUCCACAAGGAGCUCGAUGAUGCUCUGGAGGAACGACUCAAAGAGGCCACAGAUGAAUCUGUGCCACAGUCUUGAUUGAUGGCUCUUCCAUUAUGUAACAGACCCGUGAAGGUCUGGGGUAGAAUAGCCCUUCAGCAACCCAUGCUUGCUAUAAAAGGCGACUAUGCUUGUCGUAAAAGGCGACU